AAUGCACAAAGAUUUUAACCAAUAGCUUCCAAGAAAAACCCUUGUGUUCAAAAGAAAGAGCCGUUUACAUUUCUCGAAGUUCAUUAAACUUUAUGUUGAAAGAAAAACACAAGGGAAGUUGAAGAAACAAGCUUUAUGUCAGCGGUGAGGCAAGCAAAAUACAGUAAGUACAGUACGAAGACUUUAUUGUUUGUUGUUGUUGCUGUUGUUGUUGUUGUUGUUGUUGUUUUGUUUUGUUUUUUUCUUUACUGUUAGGUAGGGUAAUCAAAAGUUCUUCUAUUAAUAACAAGUUUUUAACAAAUCUUUGCUUGUCGUAGUGUUUUUGUUUUAAACAGAGCGUGUCUGCAUGCUUUACGCAUGAUAACGGGUAGACUUGGGGGAUUAGAAGAUAACAAAUCAAGUUUAUAUCUUUUUUUUGUGGAGAGGGAGAAGGGGAACGGGCAUAGUAACGAAAUGUUAAUGAGUAUAAAACAAAAUAAAAUAAAGUUUGAACUAACGAUGAAAUUGAACAACUACAAAUCCAUGUAAAGGAGGGAUUCAAGAGUAGGUUUAGGAUGACUUCUUUUACAACUUGCCACCAUGCACAUAAUUCUCAAAUCAUCUUGCGUUAAGGACGGAUAAAUUAAGAAUUGCAGCGACAAUUUGCUAAAGACAUAAUCGCGGCACUAAUGAUUAGAACAACAAUUGAGUCCUUUUCAAUACUAAAAGAACCUCUACUGUACAAUUUUAUACAAUUUUAUUGAAGGCUUUGAGCUGGACACGUCUACGUCUGGAACAGUUGGAGUGCAUGGAUCCGCCACUUCGACCAGUUCAUUCCUCAGCGGGGGUUCGGCUACAGGCUUCUCUCUUCCUAGACCAAGCACGUCCUCAAGAACCGCUUCAGCCAACAAAAGUUCGAGGUUUGUUAAACAUCUCUUUCGUUUCCAGGGGACGUUCCAUUUUUUAUCCUCAACCACCCCCCUUCCCCGCCCCCCACCCCCCAAUAAGGAUUACGGGUUUUCGAACAGGGGGGUUCGGAUUUUUUUCUUCCGAGAGGUCGAUCAAAAUUGGACCCGACAAACUUUUCAAAAGUGCCUACAAAAAAUAAACCCUCCGGAUUUCGUUUUCCAAACGGCGCCGGCAAAAAUUCGAGGGUUGGGAUUCCUGUUAUCUUUAGUGGAUAAGAAAUGGAACGUCCCCAAUAACCGUUUAAACAAUGUUUCAUUAACAAUAAAAAUUAAGAACCGGGGGAAAAAAUUUUCACCAAGCAUUCUUUGUAACUAGAUAAAAAAAGAGCGCUAUUUUUAUUCUUUUCUGUAUUCAAGACUUGACUAGAAACUCACUGAUUUCAACCGAUCAUUAUUAUCUUGUAUACCAGUUAACAACAAAUCGUUAUACAGCUUGCCCUGCGUUGUUUUCGUGGAAGGCAGAUUACUUUCGAUUUCCAUUAAUUCAAACAAAUUUCCAACAAGUUGACAUAAAACUUGUUUUUAGAAGAUAAACUACACAUUAAUCGGCAAAACAAAAGACUUUUAAUUUUUCCUACUAAUGUGACUCACGGCUUGUUGUCGGUGAUCUUUAAAACAGUUCAAUCAAAGUACCGACUCCAGGAAGCUCCCUACGGACUCCCGCUCCGGGACCCAACGUCUUUACCUCAACCAGUGUGUCGCAUAGAACUCCCAGUUCACGUCGCACACCACAUGUCUCAAGUGCGACUCCUGGAAUGCCACCGUCUUCUGUUGUGGUUGGUGAGUUAACGAUUUACUCUUAGUUUUUUGAGACCAAAUGACCCUUAAAUUGCUUUUUACCAAAAAUGAAAACAGAGAUGGUAAAAGUGAUGACUAUCAUUUAAAAAGUUUUUAAGGAAAAGAACUAAAGUCUAUCUUGGCGACAGUGCUCGCAACUAACUUAAACUAAUACUACUUCAUGGCUUUAGUAUGGAUGGUCACACUGUGGGAUUUUCUAUUUGCAUGUGAUUACCAUACUUUUACAAGAAGAAGUGCUUGGAAAAAUGCUCUUUUUUUAAAAUGCUUACUUUUCAGCAAUUGUGGAAGGGCGUGGUCUUGCAAAAGGAGAGAUCGGUAUGGCCAGCAUUGACUUAAAGAAGCCUGAACUUGUCCUUUCACAGGUCUGUCAUCAGAUUAUUUAUAUUAUCAAUUUAAUUUAGAGACUUUGAUGACCAAACGCUUGCAUUUUUGAUGACCAUCUAAAGUACUGGUAACCAAUUACCCUGAAGACUUAAAUUCAGAUUUUAUUUACUUUGUUAUUUUGAAUCUGAUUCACAGUAACUUAGCUUUACUUUAUACUGUUAGCUUCCUUACAUUGUAAGUGGCCCAUGAUGGUGCUUCUAAAGAAUAAAAAUACCUCUUACCUUUAGUUGAAAGUUCCUUAUGCUGUCAGUCACCUCUGAAGGUAGCUGUCUCUUUUUUGUCUCUUUUUUCAAGUUUUCAGAUAACCAGACCUACGUAAAAGUGCUAACAAGAUUGCAGAUUUUAGAGCCUUUGGAGGUACAUUUUGAAAAUGUUUUCCAUAUUUAAUUGUUUUAGUGUGAACACCUCAUUAAACUGUGUGGGUGCUGUGCAUCUUUUUCGAAACAAAGCCUCUCGAAGAAUGGCGGAGUUGAUUCAGUAGUCGCCAAACGCUUCGAUUUUAUGGGUUCUUUCAUAAUGUACAGCGUGCCCAUCUGGUUCGCCAGCGCUAUAAGUGCUUCAAGUUUGGUUGAAGAAAAAUAAAAUAAUGUAGAUAUUAGGCCUCACAUUAGGGCAGCUUUUGUGUUGAAGGGUCAUCUCUAAUCAUGAUUGUAUCUUUGUUACUGUCAGAUAAUCAUGCCUAAUACAGCGUGUGAAAACGGAAACAUGUCGACUUUAUUCAAGCUCCUAAGUGACCAACUCCCAUAUACGAAUCUAUCAGCUGUUCAAAGAAAGUAUUUCAAUGAAGCAAAAGGUAUUACGUUUGAGAUUUGCAUUGACAGACUGAAUAAACGAUAACAUUCCGAAAGUCAAAGUCCUCAGUGAACUGACCUUAGGAGAACUGUUCGAUUAUGCCCUUGAGGUGCUUCUUAUAUUAAUGGAAAUAAAGCAAAGUAUGGUCAUUCAACUUCAGAAAAAAAGUCAGAAGCUCAGAUCCAUUUGUUUUGAGGAUCCUUCUUUUUUCUUUCUUUUAUAUGUUUUAUGGCAAAGUGGAGAUACCUUCCUUACCAGGGAUUGGCCUGCUUCAUGAAGCCAGACUUUGGGGUCUUCAGUUGACCACUCAUGCAUACCCUUAGUUUACCGGCCAUUUGUGCUUUUAUGUCAUUGACGUUUUUCAGAGCUUCAUAGCUUCCUCGCAUUGCAUGAUCUUGGCAUCUUUCCAUCUCUGCCCCUGAUUUGUUUGAUGGUGUCUUUCCUUACUAGGUCUAGAGUACGUAAAACAACUGUGCGUUCCUGAAUACAACACUGUAGAAAUGGAGGUGGCUUCAAAGUAAGUUACAGGCUCCUUUUGAAACGUCUUUAACAUGUCAAAACGUAUUCGAAAAUUACUACUCCUCUAAGUGACAACCUUUUAAUGAAUUGAAAAAUGAAAUAAAAUUCAUGUGUAACAUGAAUUCCUUCAUUUAUGGUCCGUUGCUGGCGAUGCAUCGAAACCCUCUUCUUAAUGUUUUCCUUGCAACAAGUUUAUCUAGUAUAUAUUUUUGCGACUGUAUCGCAGUAUUGCCGGUCAAACGUUAAAUUUAUUGAUAUUACUCUCUCGUUAAUCACCAUUUCAUUAUUCAUUUUUUAAAAUUAUCAUUUCAGGUAUUACUGUCUGGCAACGGCUUCCGUAAGUAUUUGAAAUAUCAGUAAAUUAUUGAAGCGAAGUUGCAGGAAAGUCUUCAAGUUUUGGCCCCGAGUUUGCGUCGUAAGCUUAAAUGCUAAUUCUCAAGUAUUGCCGCCUAACAACAUGUUAUUUUUAAGAAACACUUACACGAUAUCUUAUCAACAAGAUAUCUUAACCUUGGACGUCUUCAUAAGUUCUAAGCAUGGUUUUCUUUGGGAUAAUCUUAGGCUUUCCUAAAAUCGAUUCAAGGAAGCGGUAGACGAAUCCCAGCCGCACCUUUGCCAAAGAAUACUGAAAAGUAAGGAUCGCGAGCCUUAAUCUAGUUUCUUAAUAACCAGUCCUCUUGUUUCUGAAUGUUUUCAGGCUUUGCUCAAGUAUGUCGAAUUCAUACAGAACAUUGUUUAUGCACCGUAUUCGGUUAAGGUCCUUUUCAAAGGGAGCGAGAAGACUGCAAUAAUAGGUAAAAUAUUUUAUCUAGCGUAACUGCUGGUAUGACUCCGGCAUACGGCUGGUAUUCUGAUUGCUAGUACGUAAAGUCAAUUCUAGCCUCCGUGACAGGCUGGAAUCUUGAUUGGGGAAAUUAGGGGGCGCGAGAACGCGAUAGGAGCGCGUUUCAGUGUCUCUCCUUCCUGGCGCCCCCAUCCCGCUCUCAUGGCUGACAUUCUAAUUGCUAAGUACAUUGUAUGUAUAGACAAUUCCGAGCCUGCGUUGCAGGCAUCUGAGAGAAAGAGGAUAAUUUUCUUGGUGUUGCGGACGAGUGCAAUCAUCAAAUGACGUAAUACAAAAGAGUGAACAAUGUAAUAAAAAAUACCCACACCACAACACAAAAGCGUACCAACAAUGGUGUCCGAAACACCCAGAAAGGGGCAAUUUAGGGCGCGCGAGAACGUGAUAGGCACGCGUUCCGUUUCUCCUUCCUCGUGCGCCCGUCCCGCUCAAGCGCUCCUUAUUUCCCCUUAACCUUCAGAAGUCUGCCUCACAGGCUAAGUCAGUUCUCAAUGAGACGGAUACUAAAUGCCGGUCCCAGUAGUGUCAGCCUUACACAGAGAGUCAUAGUCAAGGAGUAUAAAACGUAGGUACCAACUACAGGAGCCUUUUUACUACAUAGCAGUAUGUCCUUUUAAAGGUGUGUGCACCAAGUUUCCUUGGAAAUUGAAACGCAUUUUGGCACACUAGAAUAACAUUAGUUGCGUCGUUAGUGCAUCAAAAGGGAGAUUAAGCAACGCGACGACAAUGGCAGUUCUUUCAAACUUUAUAGCGUUUAUUAAGCCUCGGUCAGGUUGUUCAGUUGUUGUUGCUUAAGCUCCCUUAUUGCGCGAAAACGCGCCAUAUAGAAUGAAACGUGUUUCUCAUCAGGGCUUCAUCAGCACUUUUGUAUCGUUAUUUGCCUAACUUGUCGCAUUUGUCCUAUUUCAUUGCCAGAUGCUUCCACUGCCAAGAACUUAGAACUCAUUCAGAACGCUAGGGACCCUAAAAGCGGUCACUGUCUGUAUGGAGUUUUAAAUCACACGAAAACCGCCGGAGGAGGUAAUAUGAAACAUGUUGUGGUUGUCUUUGUUGUAUUGGAGCGGGAAUUGACUGUUAACUAAUCCGUCGGUCCACCUAUUUCCUUUAUUUUUAGCCCGUCUUCUAAGAUCAAACGUUCUUCAACCUCCAUGUGGUAAGCAUAAUUCCAACUAAGUUUAUCUUUUUCGUCAUUAAUGAUAGAAAACUGACACUCUUGUUAUUUGACGGAAUGAGUUGAACAUGAAGGAGGUUUUUCUCUUCAAGUACAUCAAGUGCCACUGAAUAUAAGGCUGAACCCCCGGGCUGAACUGAAACAAAAACUCCUUUUAGAGUAAAACGGAAUAAGAAGUUUAGUGAUAGGCUGUAGGAUCGCAGAAGUUGAUUUGAAUACUAUUCACUCGAUAUAUUUAAGUUGUGCAGAAAAGCAGCCUAGAAUUCAAAAUAAAAAACUUAAACAUUUAGCCAUUUAUACUUACUUUUUAGCAUUGCAAGGUGAUAAAACCUUUAAUGCAGCUGUACAUCAAGCUGGCAGGUUAGCUGAAAACGCGUUCAUUACAUAGAACUUCUUAAAAUAUUUUCUUGGGAGCUCAAAGAUAAUUGGUAGAGCGUUAGCUAGCGUUGGUCUGCUGAGCGGAAUGUCAAGUUAGAUGUAGUCAAUUGACAGACAAUACUAAGCGCCUUCUCAUAUUUUUCCUUUGAUGUCCUUCGUUCUUGCAGAUGAAGAAACAACAAACGUACGUCUGGACUGUGUAGCAGGUGGGCCGUGAGAUUCUCAAUGCUGUUCUCUGUAUAUAGCUAUUAUACACAGUAAUUAACAAUUAUUCCUUGAGCCCGAAUGGGCUAUUGACUCAGAGGCCAUGAGGGCGAGAGGAAUCAGGAAUUGUUUUAGUAAAAUACAACUAGUUGAUCAAACAUAUCGAGAAUAAAAAACUUUUAGCUACUUAAAGCUAGACUUUAAUCCCUUUUUGCCGCAAAAAGCCCGCGCUUUUCGCGACUAGUGGGCUGUAACAUAUAGCCCAGUAGUAGCUCAACCAAUCAGAACGCAGCAUUGAUAAUAGACCACUAGUUGGAUUUUACUAAUACUAAAUGCUUCUUCAUCAACUGCAAUUUUUAUCGUAAUGCGGAAAUCUUUCCGGGGCGUUUUUCCUUUAAAUCCCAAAGAAAUUGAUUUCUUUUCAAUAAAUAACCUCCAUGGUACGUACAAACCCUGUAAAAUAGGGACAACAUUACUUAUAAGGAGUUUACCGAGCACAUUAUUUCGUCAGUAUUAUACUUGUUCUGACAAUGUUGACUUAUUUUACUUUUCUUUACUCUACAGAACUGACAGACAAAGAGGUAUAAUAUCAAUUUGGUUUCACGUCUAAUUAUUAUUGCGUUCGUAGAACGCAACCCCUAGUCUUGUGUUGGGCUGCCUGUUUCUAUGGGAGACCUGUGGCCGAUCUAGCCAGGAUGUUUUGACAUUCCAGACAUUGUUUAGUAAAACUCCCCACGUCUUAAAGUUAUGCUUCAUCUCCUUUACUAUCCGCCUAUUAUCCAUGUCAAACGCACUCCCUAAUCUAUGAUUACUCGUAGUAAUAGCAAUUCUCUCUUCUUUUGUAAAGAGCCGAGCAUGAAAGAUGCGUGAGACCCUUAAAAACCGUUUACUAUGCACUAACAGCAAACGUUAGUAAUUGGCUGGGCUCACUCACUCGCUGGUGAUUCGUUGCAAGGCCUGAUGUUAAAUGCGUCGCUGUCCGUUUGUUCUUCCCUCUCCCAGUCCUUAUUUUCUCUCCUUUGAAUUUAGCGAUAGAAUUCCACGGUCGUUAGGCCCAUGUAGACGUGUAGUUUACAUCUUUUAGUUUACCUGAAAGAAGCUACCCCCGAUAGAAGUAAUGGUCUAAAACUUUAGAGGAAAAGGAUGCUACAUCCGCCAAAAGUAACGAAGGUCGCAACUUGUUAAUUCGGAACUUUACAAUAGCACGUUUGGAGGACCCUUACUUACAUCAGUUUUCUCUUUCAGGAGCUGUUCUUCGGAUUGCAGUCCGGUUAGUUCAAUAGUUUAAGCUGUUCCCCUCCUCGCCCAUUACAUAGAUAGUUAUUGAUUUUGUAAGUAAUUUUGUAAGCAAGGAUCCACUGACCUAGCUCUAUGUUCCCUGCUUCCUAUCAAACUUUAUUACUUUUUCCUGAAUUGCUUUGACUCAAGGAGAAAUUGAACUAAAACUGGAUUUGGUAGCAGUAAAUUCUCUGUGUACUAGGCCGGAAAGUGAGUGAUCUCGUUUUCGGUCUUGUUGGAGUGAGGGCUCAUUUCCCGAACAACGGCUAGUAAUCGAGCCUGUGAUAAUUUUAUGUUGUUUAAUUUUGCGUGGAAAUUCCAAAUAAAAUGAAAAUUAAUACACUAACUUCUACAUGACAGUGAUCGGGCGAUUCCUGGACGUUGAUCAUUUAACUUCCAUGUGCGUCCAAAUUCCCAAACAAGAGACAGUCAAGACAGCCGAGUCCAAGAUCACUACUGUAAUUUAUCUGAAGCAUACCCUGGAGCUGGUCGAGCCCCUCAGGGUAGCUCUCAAGGACACAGAGGCGGAACUCUUGAAGGCUUAUGACGAGGUAAAUGCGCGGAAUGUGAGAUGAUAGAAAAAUUUAGAAUCACAUUUACGGCAAACGGCAAACGGUCAGAUUCAAAUUUUAUACAAUUUCUCAAAUUAGGCAUUGAGUAGAAAAAAUAACGGUAUAAAAUAAUUCUUAUGGUUGAAACUUCUUGUUUUACUUUAGAAGUAAUGAACAGCAAGUGACCACAAUAGGGAAAGCUUGGUCACAUGGUACGUGGUGUUUCUGUUUGCCGUAAACGGGAUAUUAAACUAUAAUACUGUACUCGCUCUAAAUAGACUUUUUGACGUUUAGGAAAAGCUGCAGCAUCCAAAUCGGCAAACAUUAGAGUUUUUUUAUUAUUUAACCCCCUUUCCCUUCCCUCGCUUCCCUCGCUUCCCUCGCACGCUAGUUUAUUGCACUGUUAUAUGCCUGACAUGCGAGGAGACGCCCCUUCCCUCCUCCCUUGUAUCCUUGUGUACGCUCAUGUUUGUUCACAAGUGCGCAAUGCUCUUUCCAUUUUACGCGAUUGUAAUUAUUUAUUCUGUUUCGUAUGUGACAGUCUCUCAAUGACAACAGGUUUGCGACCAUUAUGGAGAAGAUUCAGACUGUCAUUCAUGAUGACACUAGGUAUCAGAAAGGAACUCUCAACAUGAGGACCCAAAAGUGUUUUGCCGUCAAGGUACUGAAACCCUUAAUCAUAAGAAAUCCUUAAACUCUUUCAGCAUGAAUUUAUUUUACAUUACUUUGGAAGUUCAAAUUUCCGCUGUUAAUAAUGAUGAUUAAUCAUAAUUUUGUCCUCACUGAAAAUUUUACGCUGGUAUUAAUGCAAAUAUCACUUUUGAGAAAUUAUACUAAAGUACGCAACAAUCAUGAGAGCUAUAGGUUUCCCUUACUGAUGCGGACUGACUUUUUUCCUAAGUUAGAUUGGCUUAGUUUAUUAUACUAAUUCUAAAUUAUUUUACUCCCAAUCAUCGGAAAAACUUCGAAAUUGGAUGAGAAGCCUCAUAUUAACGGUAAGGAUAUACCAAUAUUACGCUAACAAAAUAUGUUGAAUAUUUUCAAUAGCUCAAGUUAUACAAAGUGGUUUUAUAAGUUAAUCAGUGUGUGUCCCGCUAAGAACUAGUGAAAUCCAUGCGUUAGAUGUCACUGAGUCAUGAAAACAUGUAUCUUUCUAUACCCGUCCAGAAUUGUAAAGUAAAGUGAAAAUGGGAUGUUCCUCGUACAUAUGUUGGACACAGUUUUCUGACUGCUCACUUGGCAGAUUAAAUAAAAAAGGGAAAAAAAAAAACAAAUCAAAGGAAGUCUGCUGUCGCAAAGUGCACAAAGCUGGUCACUGGUCAAUUUUGAAUGUCACAAGUUUUAUUCGAAGUAACAAAAGCUUAAUUAAAGUCUAACAGGUGUAGUAAUCCAGCACUUCCCCUCUUCUGGUUAUAACGCCUGUAAAUAAGUUUUGAUAUAUGAGGUCAACUUUAUACAAUAUGUUCAUUAAAGGGAAGUAACCUUCAAUGGAUGAAAACAGCUGUAUGUCACCCUUAAAAUAAUUGUUCACAUGAGUGGAACAAGAAUCCACAAUGACCAGUCUAUAAAUGAUGUCUAUUUUGGUCAGGUGGAUGAGUCGAAACAAUAAAAGCACUCGGCCGUUUCAACUGUUUUUCGGUGUUUAGAAUCCCUGAUGAAACCCCCGCACUCGUUUUAGUGUCGCAGCUAAUUUUACGAGUUUCAAGUAGUUGAUUUUGUAAAUGUCAUUAAUUUAUGUUUAAGCUUUAUUUCACUUAUUUUUUUUUGUCUAGUUAUUUAUUUAUUUAUUUAUUUAUUCAUCUAUUUAUUUGUAAUUUAUUACUGACUACCGUACCUAUCAUCUCCGCCCGCCUCGAUUAACUGACUAGCACCUGCUAUUUGCGGGCGGAAAUGGACUUAAUGUAAAUGUAGAUUGUUAAUAAUAAUUAAGUGUGUGUGUGCGUGUGGCGAUAUUUUACUUGAAAGUGGCCCAUUUUCAUUCAUAUACAUCGAGUGCUCUCAAGUAUCAAAACGUAUAUCAUGAAAAUAGUGAAUGAAUCCCUGACUAACUACUGACAGUGUAGAUAACGCGCAAAUACAUUUGUAGCAGCGUUACAGGUUUUGAUGUACUUCAGACCCAAUAUCAUGGUUGGUCGGAUCAAACGUUUGAAAUGUUUGCAUUUUUGUCUUUUUAUCAUCUUUUUGACGUUGAAUUUCAUCACGCUUGUCUUGAUUAACAUUCGAAGUUCAAAUGGUACAACUUUAUCAGAUCAAGACUGGUCUCCUUGGAAUCAGAUAGCUACCGUGAUAAAAACGGGUGAUUUUAUUGCUGCUACACGAAUAAAUACUGAACAAGCUUCAACGGAGGUUACCGCUUGCGUUGUAGACCCUGCUUUGAUUGAGUGCGAUGGUAAUGGAUUCUCUGCAUUACUUUUGUAUACGCUGGAUCAUAUCUUCACAUGCCAAGCCUUAGGAAGCGACACGCCUAUCGUAUAUUGGCGGAAUUGCAAUUCAGGAUGCUCAAAAGACCCAAGUGUGAACUCUUGGAAAUGGUACUUUGAGCCAAUAAAUCAAGGUCUCGAAUUUAAAGCGAAAAAAGUAAUAUGUCCGCUUGGUGGGUACUUUGAGUUACCUGUACUUCGACCAGACAUAUGGCCAGUUUUAGACAGUAGCUUUAGAGACCGCUCAAAUGUUGUUGGUUAUCAAAACAGCACUAUCAUAACUCCAAAGGAAAGGAGAAGAGUAAACUGGUGGUUAAAUCGGUUUGUUAGACCCAAUGCUAGAAUCAAGCAAAAGGUCAACAGUUUCUUCAGUAGGUAUCUAGCGGGAAACACUCUCUUAGGAGUGCAAGUACGAGCUACCGACCACUGGCUGGAGAGACGCGAGGGAAAAUUACCUACAAUAUCAGACUGGAUAAAUAAAGCAGCUCCAAUUUUCGAAAAACUUUCAGAGCCCCGGAAAAUAUACAUUGCUAGUGACAAUACAGAGGUCAUCGAUCAUUUUGUAAGGUUUUUUGGACAAAAGAAGGUAAGAUGACUGUAAGAUUAAUGUUUCUGAUCAUUCGUUCUUUACAUGUAAGAAACACUCGUUCAAGUAACUACUGUGCACCUCCAAAAAUAUUUCAAGACUUUGAAUAUAUCCUAGGAAACAGAAAAAGUUAUCUAUUUACCUUUGAAGUUUUAACUUAACAAUAGAAGACAACUGUUUUAACGAUGUUCAAAAAUGAGCAGCUGCAGUAUUACUAGCUGGGUUAAUCAUUUCGUUUCCAGUUCUUCUCAUUAGUGAUGGGCACUUUUGUUUUAUCAAUUGUAACUGAGUGAUCUUCAUGGAUACAGGCAGUAAAAUUCAAGGUGUUAAAAUGAUGGGAAAAAAAGACAAGUGAAAGCAGUGGACAAAUAUAUUUUCCUUAGCUUUCACCGCUCGUAAAUUUUUUCUGUCGAUCUUUGAAUUUCCGUGUACUCCCUAUUUCAUAUAGAUCAGACUCAGCUACCCUAUUAAUCCUUUCGAGUUAAAACUUACUCAUUUUAAAUAACACGGUAUAGUGCGGUACCAUUGCCCCUCUUUCUCGGGUUACCUUUUUCAUUGUUUUAUCCAAAAGCGAUAAUAAUAAGACAGAAGCCAGUAGUUUUGAGGUUCUUUAACACUUUCCAUCAAUUACAUUAACAGCCACAAUAGCAUUUCAAAACGUCUUUCAAGGUAGCCAUGCCAACAAAAUUAAUCAUUCUCUUUCGCUGUAAAAAGGUUUUAUUCAUCGAGGCCACAAGAGCCAAAAGUUACCACGGUGAACCUCCACACGUCCUCCAGGUCCAGCACAACCCAGAUCAAUUUCACAAGGCUCUCGGCACGCAGGUGCUUAUGGAUAUUUUACUCUUGGCAAAAUGUGAUCAUUUCUUACACAUUGAAUCCAGUGUGGCAGCCCUGGCAAGUUACUUUAACCCUGUCAUGAAAAGUCACUUUCUGGAUGAUACGCCCGAAAAGGUAGGGCCUUUUCAGGUCUGUGACGUAUGUUUAUUUCAGGAUUCGUACAGAGUUUUGAACUCUUGAAAAAGUCUUGAAAUUCGCCCAGCAAUUUUUCGGACCUGAAAAGUCUGGAAAAUGGAGAUUAAGUUUGGAGAAAUGGUAAAAAGUAUUGAGUUUUUUCAAAGAUACAACAAGUGCUUUAGAGGUGAUAUGUUUUCGUUUUGGUCAAAUCCUAUUCAAUCUCGCCCGUUUGUUUGCAGCGCAUCAUGAAAAGAGCUUUGUUUCUGCGUUUUUUAUGGUCUCCAUUGAUCACCUAUUUGAUAACCUUGGGUCUGGAAAAAGAAAUUAUUGUUUUCAUAAAGGCUGGAAAAAGUCUUGAAUUCUGGAUCCUAAAAUCUGUACGAACCCUGUUAUUACCACAUCACUUUUCUUUUCGAAUUUCGAAUUUUCAUUAUCCCUUUGCGUAUCUGCAGUGCAAAUAGUGGAUAUCACCAGGAUACGUAUACUCUAAGGUGCUAUUAGACAACGUAGCUAUCAACAGCAUUAACAAUGAUGAUUUGUCCCAGUUUUUGAACUAUUAUCAUGCAUAAUAAAUCAACAUGAAUGGUGCGUUGGUCUUCUGUUAAAUUUCCGUAUGCACUGCGCAGUCUCACACACGUACUUUUAGGUUGUGCCUAUAUAUUGUCUAGUGCUUUUGCAAACGUAAUCUAAAUAAAUGCUUUGAUUGUUCUUCAGCCUCAAGACUCACACUUAAAACCACAAAUGGAAAGAGAAAAUCUAGAUGCCGAAGAGUUUGAAGAAAACCCAGAAGAUGUAAAGGGCAUGAAAAUAUGUUUUGACAAGAACAGCCCGUUUAGUGCUUGUCCAAACAUUGCGACGGGAAUUUUUAUUAAUAAAGCUAUGGCCAAUAAUUUUGUUUCUAAUGCUUAGGGUUUACAAAUAUGAUUGCAAAGAAAUCAAAAACAUUAUAAGAGUGUCCGACGUUCUUUUAACUAUGCCAUUUAUCUUAAUUUCAAGUUUUCGAUUUGUUUAGUUCCUGGCUUGUAAUUUGACUAUAACACAGGUUGUAAUCGGUGACGACACAGCACUAAACUCGUUUUCUAACAAAGUAUAUGGUUAAAAAAACACGUUAUUCCCGGAGAAACAGCUGCCGGACGACCUGGUAAGAAUUGCGAUCGAUUUGCCUCCGUGCCUAAUGUUCCUCUUUGCCCACACUGGUUCCUCUGUGCCUACUAUUCCUCUGAAUAAUCACUAAUUGAUCUUUUUCAAUUGCUAUGUGUAAUGAUUAACUAUUUCAGCUCUCGGUAUUUGAAGGACAAUCCCCAAAUUCUGUCGAAGUUGAUUUUCACAUUCCUCUUACAAGCAGAUCAUGUGAAACGUUAGAUGUGAAACGUUAGAUGUGUUACAGGACUUAUCUUCCCGAUUUUGAAGAUAUAUGGAAAGUUAAUAAAAGUUCGAUAAAUAUCCGAUCAAUAGGCUUUUAAGGUUCUAGAGCAUUCUAACUGUUUACCUUUAAAAAUGCAAUGUAAUGAAUAGGCAAUUUACUAAUAAGCUUUGCAUGCAGGAACAUAAAUAUUAACAGUUUGCUUUUUUGAGAAUGGGACAUCUUGUCUCCAAAAUUGACAUCCCUCGGAAGAUAGUUAUCUUUUAAAUGGACAUUUCUACGUUUUUAGUAAUUGACUUAGCUAGAUAGGGUUUUGUGGCGGGCUCUUUUUGUUGGCAGAUACACUCUACGCAUUAUUAUAUAUGUAGACAUAUGGUCAACGACCAAAAUGAAUAGAAUGAAGACACAAGAAGUGCAUCCCUGCAACACCUAAAUCCCAGUAGCUUUAGAAUAAAUUUAAGAAAAUUCUGUCCUACAGUCAUAGGAUGCUAUUAUUGGAAUGAUAUUCCUUUAUCUAUACUUGAAAAAACAACUAAAAAAUUGUUUAAAAGAGCACUUUUCAACUAUUAUCUUGCUCAGUAUUAAUCAUCGCCACACCGACUCUCAAAUGUUACAUUUUUUUUUAUGUGUGUGUAUGUGCUUUUUUUUUUCCUCUCUUUUGAAUAUUUUUCAUAUAUUUUUCAUAGUUUAUAGGGUUUAUACUUUUCUCUUUUUUUCUCUUUUAACCUAAAUAAAACUGUAAUUUAAUCAAAGGGCAAGUAAUUUGUUUAACUAUUUCCUGCCCUCUCCAUUUAUUCUUGUAACCUGAUAUUUAAUUCUACAAAUAGCAUCUUUAAUUCUUCAAUCUUGUAAUACAAUAUAAAUGGCUUGUAAAAAAAAUAAAUGGAGGAAAAAAUAAACAAUAAACGACCAAAAACAAAUAGCGAGCUGCUAAGGAACUGAAGGAAGAAGGGUAAGCAGUUAUAGAUAGAGAAAGAGAGGAACAUCAGGAAGAAUGUAGAACCGCCUUGCGAGUAAGGAAAAUAAACCUUGGAGGUUUAACUGGCUGAUUUUGGUGGAGUUCCUCUCCUUUUCGCCGACCCCAUCAGUAAACGACAUUAAAAAGCAUCGUUUACCAGUGGAGAAGCCUUCUUCAUCAGUAGACACAAAAAUAACCUUUAUCAGAGGUGGACUGAGUUACGUUCAGCAGAGUGCUGAAAAAGAAAGUUUAUCAGAUGGACAAAACUUUUAGCUAUCCUUUAGUUUUCUAACGGAUAACAGAUUAUCGUUAGUGUAUUUUUCCCAAAGACGGUCACACUAUUGACUUUAGCACAAGCAGAAAGCACAGUACCACCUGCUGCAUCGUUGCGUCACUCCAGCAGUUCGUUGUUGUUUCGCUUUGUUGCAUUUCAAUUACGACAUGACGACAUGAAAUUUAUUGCGGCGUCCUUUUUUUCUUUACAGCCUUUAAUGCGAAGCAGCAAAGAAAAAAAAGCCAAAGAGAAAAGAAGUCACUACAGCGUUAUAGACUGAGCAAAACGCAUUAAGCGACAACUUAUGGAAAAUAUUAUAAAAUGUUCGUAUCCAAAGAUGACCGGUCAAAAUGACCGGCCAGACGAGAGUUUGACCGGUCAAGUCCACGAUCAGGCCCGACAUUGUCCGUUGACCGGCCGUUAUUUUGAGCCCUGCUACAGGUUUUGAUGUACUUCCGACCCAAUAUCAUGGGGGGUCGGAUCAAACGUUUGAAAUGUUUGCAUUUUUGUCUUUUUAUCAUCUUUUUGACGUUGAGUUUCAUCACGCUUGUCUUGAUUAACAUUCGAAGUUCAAAUGGUACAACUUUAUCAGAUCAAGACUGGUCUCCUUGGAAUCAGAUAGCUACCGUGAUAAAAACGGGUGAUUUUAUUGCUGCUACACGAAUAAAUACUGAACAAGCUUCAACGGAGGUUACCGCUUGCGUUGUAGACCCUGCUUUGAUUGAGUGCGAUGGUAAUGGAUUCUCUGCAUUACUUUUGUAUACGCUGGAUCAUAUCUUCACAUGCCAAGCCUUAGGAAGCGACACGCCUAUCGUAUAUUGGCGGAAUUGCAAUUCAGGAUGCUCAAAAGACCCAAGUGUGAACUCUUGGAAAUGGUACUUUGAGCCAAUAAAUCAAGGUCUUGAAUUUAAAGCGAAAAAAAUAAUAUGUCCGCUUGGUGGGUACUUUGAGUUACCUGUACUUCGACCAGACAUAUGGCCAGUUUUAGACAGUAGCUUUAGAGACCGCUCAAAUGUUGUUGGUUAUCAAAACAGCACUAUCAUAACUCCAAAGGAAAGGAGAAGAGUAAACUGGUGGUUAAAUCGGUUUGUUAGACCCAAUGCUAGAAUCAAGCAAAAGGUCAACAGUUUCUUCAGUAGGUAUCUAGCGGGAAACACUCUCUUAGGAGUGCAAGUACGAGCUACCGACCACUGGCUGGAGAGACGCGAGGGAAAAUUACCUACAAUAUCAGACUGGAUAAAUAAAGCAGCUUCAAUUUUCGAAAAACUUUCAGAGCCCCGGAAAAUAUACAUUGCUAGUGACAAUACAGAGGUCAUCGAUCAUUUUGUAAGGUUUUUUGGACAAAAGAAGGUAAGAUGACUGUAAGAUUAAUGUUUCUGAUCAUUCGUUCUUUACAUGUAAGAAACACUCGUUCAAGUAACUAGUGUGCACCUCCAAAAAUAUUUCAGUAGUUAUCUAUUUACCUUUAAAGUUUUAACUUAAGGUCUCGGUAAAGGAAAACGAGGUGCCCACAGAAAAAAAUUCUAGUCGCGCGAGUAUUUUCGCUACAAAGGCAAGUUAUAUAUCAAAUUAAAGCUAAAAGACUAAAUUACUUUAUAAAAGAUUUUAUUUCAUGGAAUUUCAAAAGGCGCUUAAGUUUUCUGCUCUCGAACUCUGAGGUAUCGAGUUUACUGCUGAAGCUCCAGCCCUUUCGCGUUGUUAAAUAUUCACUUCCUUUUUAUUGCAUCUGAUUGACAGAUAAAAGACCUGAAAAAGAGUGUGAGGAAAUUUGCAUAUGUCUCGUAUUAGGGGAAUUAUUGCAUUUCAAACUAAAGAGUCGAAUCUCGAGCGCGAUUUACGCAAAGAAACUGAAAUAAAAUUAGUUACACAGGGAAAUCGGAAAAUUCCUCACACCCUUUCUGAGUCUAUAUCAUUAUCCAACAUAUCUGAAAGUUUCAAAGCGAUAGCUUAAAACCUGUCCCGACUGGAGGUCGGAGAAUUUUGACUUUUGCGUCUAAAAUAGAGUGAGAGAAAAUCAGCUCUAAAGAUUUAGCGCGAGGUCCACGCUUGGCUGGUUAGCUCAGAAAAGGCUCAUUUUAGAAGGGUUAAAAAGCACUUUCUGAUUUUCUUUUUCUGCCAAAAUAAAAUUUAGGACCCACCCAUGCCAAAAAUUCCAAAAAACGAAAAUCGAGCAAUGUACUAAAACUUUCAUUUACCGAGACCUUAACAAUAGAAGACAACUGUUUUAACGAUGUUCAAAAAUGAGCAGCUGCAGUAUUACUAGCUGGGUUAAUCAUUUCGUUUCCAGUUUUUCUCAUUAGUGAUGGGCACUUUUGUUUUAUCAAUUGUAACUGAGUGAUCUUCAUGGAUACAGGCAGUAAAAUUCAAGGUGUUAAAAUGAUGGGAAAAAAGGACAAGUGAAAGCAGUGGACAAAUAUAUUUUCCUUAGCUUUCACCGCUCGUAAAUUUUUUCUGUCGAUCUUUGAAUUUCCGUAUACUCCCUAUUUCAUAUAGAUCAGACUCAGCUACCCUAUUAAUCCUUUCGAGUUAAAACUUACUCAUUUUAAAUAACACGGUAUAGUGCGGUACCAUUGCCCCUCUUUCUCGGGUUACCUUUUUCAUUGUUUUAUCCAAAAGCGAUAAUAAUAAGACAGAAGCCAGUAGUUUUGAGGUUCUUUAACACUUUCCAUCAAUUACAUUAACAGCCACAAUAGCAUUUCAAGACGUCUUUCACGGUAGCCAUGCCAAGAAAAUUAAUCAUUCUCUUUCGCUGUAAAAAGGUUUUAUUCAUCGAGGCCACAAGAGCCAAAAGUUACCAUGGUGAACCUCCACACUUCCUCCAGGUCCAGCACAACCCAGAUCAAUUUCACAAGGCUCUCGGCACGCAGGUGCUUAUGGAUAUUUUACUCUUGGCAAAAUGUGAUCAUUUCUUACACAUUGAAUCCAGUGUGGCAGCCCUGGCAAGUUACUUUAACCCUGUCAUGAAAAGUCACUUUCUGGAUGAUACGCCCGAAAAGGUAGGGCCUUUUCAGGUCUGUGACGUAUGUUUAUUUCAGGAUUCGUACAGAGUUUUGAACUCUUGAAAAAGUCUUGAAAUUCGCCCAGCAAUUUUUCGGACCUGAAAAGUCUGGAAAAUGGAGAUUAAGUUUGGAGAAAUGGUAAAACGUAUUGAGUUUUUUCAAAGAUACAACAAGUGCUUUAGAGGUAAUAUGUUUUCUUUUUGGUCAAAUCCUAUUCAAUCUCGCCCGUUUGUUUGCAGCGCAUCAUGAAAAGAGCUUUGUUUCUGCGGUUUUUAUGGUCUCCAUUGAUCACCUAUUUGAUAACCUUGGGUCUGGAAAAAGAAAUUAUUGUUUUGAUAAAGGCUGGAAAAAGUCUUGAAUUCUGGAUCCUAAAAUCUGUACGAACCCUGUUAUUACCACAUCACUUUUCUUUUCGAAUUUCGAAUUUUCAUUAUCCCUUUGCGUAUCUGCAGUGCAAAUAGUGGAUAUCACCAGGAUACGUAUACUCUAAGGUGCUAUUAGACAACGCAGCUAUCAACAGCAUUAACAAUGAUGAUUUGUCCCAGUUUUUGAGCUAUUAUCAUGCAUAAUAAGUCAACAUGAAUGGUGCGUUGGUCUUCUGUUAAAUUUCCGUAUGCACUGCAGGGUCUCACACACGUACUUUUAGGUUGUGCCUAUAUAUUGUCUAGUGCUUUUGCAAACGUAAUCUAAAUAAAUGCUUUGAUUGUUCUUCAGCCUCAAGACUCACACUUAAAACCACAAAUGGAAAGAGAAAAUCUAGAUGCCGAAGAGUUUGAAGAAAACCCAGAAGAUGUAAAGGGCAUGAAAAUAUGUUUUGACAAGAACAGCCCGUUUAGUGCUUGUCCAAACAUUGCGAAGGGAAUUUUUAUUAAUAAAACUAUGGCCAAUAAUUUUGUUUCUAAUGCUUAGGGUUUACAAAUAUGAUUGCAAAGAAAUCAAAAACAUUAUAAGAGUGUCCGACGUUCUUUUGACUAUGCCAUUUAUCUUAAUUUCAAGUUUUCGAUUUGUUUAGUUCCUGGCUUGUAAUUUGACUAUAACACAGGUUGUAAUCGGUGACGACACAGCACUAAACUCGUUUUCUAACAAAGUAUAUGGUUAAAAAAAACACGUUAUUCCCGGAGAAACAGCUGCCGGACGACCUGGUAAGAAUUGCGAUCGAUUUGCCUCCGUGCCUAAUGUUCCUCUUUGCCCACACUGGUUCCUCUGUGCCUACUAUUCCUCUGAAUAAUCACUAAUUGAUCUUUUUCAAUUGCUAUGUGUAAUGAUUAACUAUUUCAGCUCUCGGUAUUUGAGGGACAAUCCCCAAAUUCUGUCGAAGUUGAUUUUCACAUUCCUCUUACAAGCAGAUCAUGUGAAACGUUAGAUGUGAAACGUUAGAUGUGUUACAGGACUUAUCUUCCCGAUUUUGAAGAUAUAUGGAAAGUUAAUAAAAGUUCGAUAAAUAUCCGAUCAAUAGGCUUUUAAGGUUCUAGAGCAUUCUAACUGUUUACCUUUAAAAAUGCAAUGUAAUGAAUAGGCAAUUUACUAAUAAGCUUUGCAUGCAGGAACAUAAAUAUUAACAGUUUGCUUUUUGAGAAUGGGACAUCUUGUCUCCAAAAUUGACAUCCCUCGGAAGAUAGUUAUCUUUUAAAUGGACAUUUCUACGUUUUUAGUAAUUGACUUAGCUAGAUAGGGUUUUGUGGCGGGCUCUUUUUUGUUGGCAGAUACACUCUACGCAUUAUUAUAUAUGUAGACAUAUGGUCAACGACCAAAAUGAAUAGAAUGAAGACACAAGAAGUGCAUCCCUGCAACACCUAAAUCCCAGUAGCUUUAGAAUAAAUUUAAGAAAAUUCUGUCCUACAGUCAUAGGAUGCUAUUAUUGGAAUGAUAUUCCUUUAUCUAUACUUGAAAAAACAACUAAAAAAUUGUUUAAAAGAGCACUUUUCAACUAUUAUCUUGCUCAGUAUUAAUCAUCGCCACACCGACUCUCAAAUGUUACAUUUUUUUAUGUGUGUGUAUGUGCUUUUCUUUUUUCCUCUCUUUUGAAUAUUUUUCAUAUAUUUUUCAUAGUUUAUAGGGUUUAUACUUUUCUCUUUUUUUCUCUUUUAACCUAAAUAAAACUGUAAUUUAAUCAAAGGGCAAGUAAUUUGUUUAACUAUUUCCUGCCCUCUCCAUUUAUUCUUGUAACCUGAUAUUUAAUUCUACAAAUAGCAUCUUUAAUUCUUCAAUCUUGUAAUACAAUAUAAAUGGCUUGUAAAAAAAAUAAAUGGAGGAAAAAAUAAACAAUAAACGACCAAAAACAAAUAGCGAGCUGCUAAGGAACUGAAGGAAGAAGGGUAAGCAGUUAUAGAUAGAGAAAGAGAGGAACAUCAGGAAGAAUGUAGAACCGCCUUGCGAGUAAGGAAAAUAAACCUUGUAAGUUUAACUGGCUGAUUUUGGUGGAGUUCCUCUCCUUCUCACCGACCCCAUCAGUAAACGACAUUAAAAAGCAUCGUUUACCAGUGGAGAAGCCUUCUUCAUCAGUAGACACAAAAAUAACCUUUAUCAGAGGUGGACUGAGUUACGUCCAGCAGAGUGCUGAAAAAGAAAGUUUAUCAGAUGGACAAAACUUUUAGCUAUCCUUUAGUUUUCUAACGGAUAACAGAUUAUCGUUAGUGUAUUUUUCCCAAAGACGGUCACACUAUUGACUUUAGCACAAGCAGAAAGCACAGUACCACCUGCUGCAUCGUUGCGUCACUCCAGCAGUUCGUUGUUGUUUCGCUUUGUUGCAUUUCAAUUACGACAUGACGACAUGAAAUUUAUUGCGGCGUCCUUUUUUUCUUUACAGCCUUUAAUGCGAAGCAGCAAAGAAAAAAAAGCCAAAGAGAAAAGAAGUCACUACAGCGUUAUAGACUGAGCAAAACGCAUUAAGCGACAACUUAUGGAAAAUAUUAUAAAAUGUUCGUAUCCAAAGAUGACCGGUCAAAAUGACCGGCCAGACGAGAGUUUGACCGGUCAAGUCCACGAUCAGGCCCGACAUUGUCCGUUGACCGGCCGUUAUUUUGAGCCCUGCUACAGGUUUUGAUGUACUUCAGACCCAAUAUCAUGGUUGGUCGGAUCAAACGUUUGAAAUGUUUGCAUUUUUGUCUUUUUAUCAUCUUUUUGACGUUGAGUUUCAUCACGCUUGUCUUGAUUAACAUUCGAAGUUCAAAUGGUACAGCUUUAUCAGAUCAAGACUGGUCUCCUUGGAAUCAGAUAGCUACCGUGAUAAAAACGGGUGAUUUUAUUGCUGCUACACGAAUAAAUACUGAACAAGCUUCAACGGAGGUUACCGCUUGCGUUGUAGACCCUGCUUUGAUUGAGUGCGAUGGUAAUGGAUUCUCUGCAUUACUUUUGUAUACGCUGGAUCAUAUCUUCACAUGCCAAGCCUUAGGAAGCGACACGCCUAUCGUAUAUUGGCGGAAUUGCAAUUCAGGAUGCUCAAAAGACCCAAGUGUGAAUUCUUGGAAAUGGUACUUUGAGCCAAUAAAUCAAGGUCUUGAAUUUAAAGCGAAAAAAGUAAUAUGUCCGCUUGGUGGGUACUUUGAGUUACCUGUACUUCGACCAGACAUAUGGCCAGUUUUAGACAGUAGCUUUAGAGACCGCUCAAAUGUUGUUGGUUAUCAAAACAGCACUAUCAUAACUCCAAAGGAAAGGAGAAGAGUAAACUGGUGGUUAAAUCGGUUUGUUAGACCCAAUGCUAGAAUCAAACAAAAGGUCAACAGUUUUUUCAGUAGGUAUCUAGCGGGAAACACUCUCUUAGGAGUGCAAGUACGAGCUACCGACCACUGGAUGGAGAGACGCGAGGGAAAAUUACCUACAAUAUCAGACUGGAUAAAUAAAGCAGCUUCAAUUUUCGAAAAACUUUCAGAGCCCCGGAAAAUAUACAUUGCUAGUGACAAUACAGAGGUCAUCGAUCAUUUUGUAAGAUUUUUUGGACAAAAGAAGGUAAGAUGACUGUAAGAUUAAUGUUUCUGAUCAUUCGUUCUUUACAUGUAAGAAACACUCGUUCAAGUAACUACUGUGCACGUCCAAAAAUAUUUCAAGACUUUGAAUAUAUCCUAGGAAACGAAAAAAGUGAUCUACUUACCUUUUAAAAUCAAUAGAAGACAACUGUUUCAACGAUGUUCAAAAAUGAGCAGCUGCAGUAGUACGAGCUGGGUGAAUCAUUGCGUUUCCAAUUCUUCUCAUUAGUGAAGUUUAAGAGAUGGACACUUUUGUUUUAUCAAUUGUAACUGAGUGAUCUUCAUGGAUACAGGCAGUAAAAUUCAAGGUGUUAAAAUGAUGGGAAAAAAAGACAAGUGAAAGCAGUGGACAAAUAUAUUUUCCUUAGCUUUCACCGCUCGUAAAUUUUUUCUGUCGAUCUUUGAAUUUCCGUAUACUCCCUAUUUCUAAUAGAUCAGACUCAGCUACCCUAUUAAUCCUUUCGAGUUAAAACUUACUCAUUUCUAAAUAACACGGUUAUUCGGGUUAGCUUUUUCAUUGUUUUAUCCAAAAGCGAUAAUAAUAAAACAGAAGCCAGUAGGUUUGAGGUUCUUUGACACUUUCCAUCAAUUACAUUAACAGCCACGUUAGCAUUUCAAGACGUCUUUCACGGUAACCAUGCCACAAAAAUUAAUCAUUCUCUUGUGCUGUAAAAAGGUUUUAUUCAUCGAGGCCACAAGAGCCAAAAGUUACCAUGGUGAACCUCCACACGUCCUCCAAGUCCAGGGAGACCCAGAUCAAUUUCACAAGGCUCUCGGCACGCAGGUGCUUAUGGAUAUUUUACUCUUGGCAAAAUGUGAUCAUUUCUUACACAUUGAAUCCAGUGUGGCAGCCCUGGUAAGUUACUUUAACCCUGUCAUGAAAAGUCACUUUCUGGAUGAUACACCCGAAAAGGCAGGGCCUCAUCAGGUCUGUGACGUAUGUUUAUUUCAGGGUUCGUACAGAGUUUUGAACUCUUGAAAAAGUCUUGAAAUAGGCCACUUGCACUAAGAGGUCACGUGACCAAUGCUUCCUUUAAACAGUGAGUUGGAAUGUUGCUGAUGCCAAAAAUUGUUAGAGCACACAAAAAUUAUCUUACACCCGAAAUUUGGGAGGAAACGCAUUUAAGGGAGAUAUUUUACGGCACUUUGAUUUUUCAGCAAAGUAGUAUUAUUUGUAUUGGCCGCCAUGUUGGACGGCAUGCUCUUGCCUUCCAACAUGGCGGCCAAAACUACUUCUUGCUUAUAUCUUGUUCAACGUUUCGUAGUUACGCUCAGAUGUGCUGUAAACGUUAUCACAUCAUCUUUUCAACAUUUUCCUUGAAGUUUAAGUGCAAAAUUUGUGUUCAGAGAGAGGUAAUUCAUAAUUUCAAAAAUCUCAUUUUGGUCACGUGUCCAUUUACGAACUUAUUCAUUUUAAGAAAAUGGUGCGGGUUUGAAAAACCAAAUCACCAUUAUUUUGUUUAAGAUAUGACCCACUAAUCGUUUUUCGAAGGCAAAAUCAUACAACUUUCAUUUUCAUAAAAAUGAUGUCACAUGCCUCUUAGUGCAAAUGGCCUAUUCGGCCAGCAAUUUUUCGGACCUGAAAAGUCUGGAAAAUGGAGAUUAGGUUUGGAAAAAUGGUAAAAAGUAUUGAGUUUUUUCAAAGCUACAACAAGUGCUUUAGAGGUGAUAUGUUUUCUUUUUGGUCAAAUCCUAUUCAAUCUCGCCCGUUUGUUUGCAGCGCAUCAUGAAAAGAGCUUUGUUUCUGCGUUUUUUAAGGUCUCCAUUGAUCACCUAUUUGAUAACCUUGGGUCUGGAAAAAGAAAUUAUUGUUUUGAUAAAGGCUGGAAAAAGUCUUGAAUUCUGGAUCCUAAAAUCUGUAUGAACCCUGUUAUUACCACAUCACUUUUCUUUUCGACUUUCGAAUUUUCAUUAUCCCUUUGCGUAUCUGCAGUGCAAAUAGUGGUCGAAUUUAUAGCUUGGAGAGUAAAAAAAUUAAAUUUCGGUGAAAAUUUCUCGCGGUUUCGGACUUAUGGUAGUGCUGAAUUGAUUCCUCUGUUCAAUUGUUUAUUUCCGGGCGGAAGUAUAAUGCUGUUAACCGUUAGAAUAGGUUAAGGCGACUCUCCUUUGUUUCCUUUAUUGUUUCAAAAGUCUUAACGUUUGGUUUUGAACAGGAGCCCUCCCCACCCCCCACCCCCCUUUAGGCUUGUCUAGCAUUAGAUAUCUAGUGUGCAUAUGUAUACUCUAAGGUACUAUUAGACAACACAGCUAUCAACAACAUUAACAAUGAUGAUUUGUCCCAGUUUUUGAACUAUUAUCAUGGAUAAUAAAUAAACAUGAAUGGUGCGAUGGUCGUCUGUUAAAUUUCCGUAUGCACUGCUCAGUCUCACACACGUACUUUUAGGUUGUGCCUAUAUAUUGUCCAGUUCUUUUGCAAACGUAAUCUAAAUAAAUGCUUUGAUUGUUCUUCAGCCUCAAGACUCACACUUAAAGCCAAAAAUGGAAAGGGAAAAUCCAGAUGCCGAAGAGUUUGAAGAAAACCCAGAAGAUGUAAAGGGCAUGAAAAUAUGUUUUGACAAGAACAGCCCGUUUAGUGCUUGUCCAAACAUUGCGAAGGGAAUUUUUAUUAAUAAAGCUAUGGCCAAUAAUUUUGUUUCUAAUGCUUAGGGUUUAAAAAUAUGAUUUCAAAGAACUCAAAAACAUUAUAAGAGUGUCCGACGUUCUUUUAACUAUGUCAUUUAUCUUCAUUUCAGAUUUUUCGAUUUGUUUAGUUCCUGGCUUGUAAGUUGACUAUAACACAGGUUGUAAUCGGUGACGACACAGCUCUAAACUCGUUUUCUAACAACGUAUUUGGUUAAAAAAUACGUUCACCUUUUUUGCGCGAAAAAGGAAGGCGGUCAGCAUUUAUAGCAGCUGAGGCGAUAAACUAAGGACGCUUGGACCAGUCCAGUUCUAAAGAGAAUUUCACUAUUAAUCACGACUGUUCGGCCAGAAUGGUAUGCCCUGCAGUGGUGGAUUUUCAGGGAAAAUCUCUAUGAAAGACUGAUACUUUAUUUGCAAAAUGACCGGUCAGAGCAACCAGUUUGACUUUUGGUAAGCGCCCUGAAAAUACUGAAAGUGGCCGAGGACAGACUCUCAGGACUUUUGGAUAUAUCCUCCAUGUUACAUACUAUAUAGUAUGUUUAUUUUUUGUAGAGAUUUAUGUUCUUACUACGUGUUUGUAGCUCCUUGGAAAAUAAAAGUACAUUUGGCACUUCGCCUUAUGGUCUUCAUCUCAAUCUCAUACGUCUCAUGUAAAAUAAAACGAUUCUUGCAAAAAGAAAAUGUACUACAUUAUGAAAUAACAAUUAUCACAUGAUUGUAUCACUUAAAAGACGGGAUUGCCUUGGUUCCUUCUGCACAGGCUUUUUCGUAAGUCUAAGGUGGAUACACGGCCUUAACAAGCGGGGUGCUGGAGACGAGCGAGAAGCUCGAGUGGGGGAUGAUGGUAACGAGUGCAGAGGGGACGGCGGGAGAUUGCCUUAUCGUAAUAUUCCACUUAGUGGUUCGAAAGAGAAUGUCAGGCUACGAUGUCUGAAUUAAAACACCUGUAACCUCAACGAUAGGUUUAUGAAUUAAGUUGAUUUCACAGUGUCACCCUCUCUUAGGUUAGAGAGAUCUGGGUUUUGCUUACGCUUAUGAAAAACGGCAAAGAUAAUUUGCACCACAUGACCAAGUUAUCCAAUCAAUCGUCCUUUACCGUUCUUUAUAUUUGUUCAAAACACGAAGUAGUAUUUUAGGUUUAAUCCAUGAGAAUUCUUUUGCACAGAAUUCUUGGUCCCUUUACCAAGAACCAACUACUUAAAAAGGAACUUUAGCUAUAGAGGUGCAACUCUCUGGAACAUGCCCUGCAAUCUUAGGCAAGAGAAAUCUCUAAAUCGUUUUAAGCAAUUGUUAAACUUUCAUUUUAGUUAAGUAAGUUAGGUACACGGCAUUCAUGGAAAACAGGUAUAGUUUAGUGUAAUUUUCAGUAGUAUUUUUAAGAGACUCUUUAGAUAUGUAUUUAUUAUUAUUAAAUAUUGUUAUGUAGUUUAUACUUCAUAUGUAACAAAAAACCUGAUGAAUUUUUACCGUGUUAAUAUAAAGAUUUGAGAUUUGAGAUUUGAGACGUUUGCAGUAAGUCGUAAAAGAGUUUAUAAGUCUCUAUUUUGAUUUUCUCAAGCUCUCAGUUCCGAUGAAGGAACAUUUGCCUACAAGAUUUUGUCUAAACUUGAGAAAAUUCUCGUAAUACUGUUCUUUUGUAGACGUUUGUGACAGAUAUGUUUAUACUCAAAAUUAUCAAUGGCUUCUCAACAGGUCUUUUAGACGUUGCGAGGAGAACAUAUACCGAGAUUGUUGAUGACAUUACUGGUGAGUCUCGAUAUUAAGUCAGUAACGUCGUUUUUUCGCAGAGAACGGUAGAGAAAUUCCCCCAAAUAUUAAGGCUGGUGCAGAGGCAUUUUUUUCGCUCAUUAAACCGUUUUAUUAUAUAUUGUCCACGCUGGCGUCGUCGCACGGUCGCAUCUAAAAACAAGUAGGGUGUAGGAGCAAAACAGCAGUAGUGCAAGUGCAUCACGCACUUGCACUUUUUGGGGGGGAGGGGGGUGGGGGGUGCGGAGGGAUUAUAAGAAUCCAAUUUUUCCAGCCAAACCUUCUUCGUAUCCUACUUCCCGUUGUCCAGAUGUCAUUCUCACCAUCUUAAUUCAUAACGAAUCCCUUUGUUAAACAUAUAAGAUCUUUUCUCAGAGAUGGCUCAGAGUGCAACAAUUUUCUACUUUUUCUUAGGACUUUUAAUUUUCUUUUUUUGAAGAAAUGCCAAAGCAUUUGUUUAACGAGUUCUGGUUAUUUUUGGCAUAAAACAAUAAGAGGUUUUUAUAGCAACAUUACAACCUCUAAACUAGAAAUACGUAAAUCGCAUGACCUCGCUAAGGACUCCGGGGGAACGGCAAGUAAAGCCGAGAAGAAAAUUUGUAAAUCUAAAACUGAUUGUAAACUAUCUAUCUAUAGAAACUUAACAAAACUGUUAUACCUAAAAUGAAAACUAAACGAAAAGAAAAAGAAAAGAAAUGAAGAGAACAAGGUUAUGACGUCAUGGCGGACACCAUCGGAUAUAUACAAGUAAAGAUGAGAUCUGCGAGUUUGCAGCUCGCUGGGACCCACACGUGGUUCACACACUGCGCGCGCACCUCGCGCGCGAUGAGAUUAUAAACUCACCUCGCUCGGCGCUUCACGAGGAAAAACGCUCAUGAUCAGCUUUGCGUGCUUGUGAAUCAAAACGAGUUCUGUGACACCCAUUUGUUGUUGUUGUUGUUGUUGUUGUUGUCUGGCGAACAGUGAAAACUAUACCUAAAUACUAGAAACAGAACUAAGUUUUAAAAACUUGGGAACCAGCUUUAGGGCCAUCUUGAUUCGACGAAAAUUUAAGGUGGCUCUGAACCUACUAUCAAACUUUUCCGAAAGGUGAAUCUAGACUCCAUGCUGAUCAAUAAUAACCAGUUACACAUGCAUAACUUGUUCACCAGUGGCUGGACAUUUUUUUGUUACUAUUAUUAUGGUAUCUAGCUCUGUGAAUAGACCACUUUCGAUGUAUUAAAAUUCAUACUUGGCUGCGAGGCUUGUGGGAACAAAACAGAAGAAAUCAUCCACAGGCUCAAUAAUGAAUAGUACAUUUCUUUUGCUUCAUUAACUCAAUCCUCGGAGCUAAGUAUGGAAUUGUAAUAUAUCGGAAUUGGUCUAUUGACAACUUAUUUUGCUAAUCAAUGUUGCAGAAAUGAUAAAGCAGCUGGGUGAGAAACACAAUCUCCCGCUUAAAACUGGCUUUAAUGCUACCAGAGGAUUUUUCAUUCAACUGACAGUAAAUCGUGAUCAAGAUGUUGACCUCAGCUCGCUGCCGAGUGAAUUUUUAAAGGUGGUUAAAGUGCGAGGUGUGGUCAGCUUUACCACAGUUGAUCUGGUGAGUAAGGGUCUUACACACAAAAAAAAUUAAUUAAUUUUAACUUGUAAUUGUCGUUACGCCUUUUUCGUUUUGUGCUAACUCACAGAAGUCAUGGAAUGGAAAUUUAUUUUAAGUGGGUUGGUUGAAAUUUCUAAGGACACCACACUGGAGUGCAUUCUCCAGAAUUGGCCUUUAGGUUAUGAGAGAGUAAACUGAUUAUCGGAGAAAUACUUUUAAACAGUACUGUCUAGUUUUGUAGUUUUGCAAUGACAGCUUUUGUUAUUUACUAAUCGACUCACUCUAUUUUCUUUGUCACAUCCAAUCUUUCAUGGAUACAGAUCAAGCUUAAUGGUAAGGUUACAAUGAACCUCUUUCGUAAUGGCGGCCUAUUAAUAUAUUCUUUUAUGUAUGUGAUAAUAAGCCUUUUUUACCUCGUUUGAAAAGGAGAAUUCUUUUGUGUUUUGCACAUGCUAAAGAGGUCAGAAAGGUUAAUCAUCCAUAUAAAAUAAUUAAUAUUAAUAGGCUGCCAUUAUGAGAGAGGUCUAUUCUUCUUCAUUUAUUAUGACUUUUCUCUCAAAGUCGCAGGUCUUAAGUUCUGUUUCGUAUUUCGUUUUUCAGAUAGAAUAAAAGAAUCUUUGAACGAAAUAUACCUCAUGACCAACGUGUAAGCAAUUCAGUGCUAAUUCACAGACUUUGAGAAUCAACGAGCACAAUAAUUCUAGAGUGAUGACAAAACUGUUUUAUUUCUAACAUAAUACAGGGUUGUAUCUGAACUUCUGUGUGAGAUCCGUGAUCAUAUGGGAUGUCUGUACAAACUCGCUGAACUUGUCAGUGUCUUGGACAUGCUAGUUUCGUUUGCCCACCUAUGCACAAUUUCUGACUAUGGUGAGUUUUCUCUUUUUUCUUUCUUUCUAUCAAUGAAAUGACUUACUUGCUGGAAUUUGACAAUCUUUGGUAAAUGCAUGAUGUUACUUCUUAUUAAGUUAUGAUUUAAGGUAUUUGAUAGGUUGUCUUUAAAGUUUGUCCAAGAUUUCGUUGUUGUUUCUUUGAGUGGAUCAAGGUUAGUCAGGAAUUCACCCCUAUUCAGGGGUGUUUUCCUGUUUUGGUCUUUUAAUGUUAGUCGUACUUGAAUUUAAUUUCAUGAUAAGCUUGGAAGUAUACCUUUUGUAUUUAGGUAAUGUUACUCAGUCUAAUCUUGCCAACAGAUGUGUGACCUACUUAAGUGGUCGCACUUGAGAUUAAAGCUGGCCAUACAAUACAAUACAAUAUUCUUUAUUUAACGAAGGUGACGUAAUAACCCAAUGAGUUAUCUAACUUACGGCCAUGGGUUUUGGUCGCGUAGAGGUUCCUGUUUGGGUUUGAUAACCAGCGUUUUUCCAUAACCUCUUGAUAACCAGGUUUCAUUACUGUGUGUUCUGUUGUCGAUCGUAGUCGUGUAGGUGCACUGCCAAAUUAUUAUCCACACAGAGUUUACUUAGUCAGCUAACCCUAACAUGUCCACACGAUUUUGCUAUCUUUAAAUUUCCUCACGAGUUUCAUAGCAGAAAAGCCGUGAAGCAAGCGGAGAGUGCUUUUUUGGUCACUACACGAAGAGGGCUGUGAGCAAGCAUAAUUGAUACCUGAAGUUUAAAAAAAAAUAGCUCUAGUAGCUACAGUCAAGAUAGAAGUCAAACUGUGAACAGUCUUGGUAUCUCUUCGCGUAGCGAGCGAGUGCUUUCACUACGGUUGUACUAACGUUGACAGUGGCUCUUAAAUAUAUCUUGGUAGUGUUCAUUUGGUGAUUGUACAUGUUUUUCAAACCGGUUUAAGCUUCUUGAAAACAAUAUUACAAUCUUGCAUGACUGAUGUCCGUUCCAUCUGACAACUCAAUGUACGUUUUGGGACAAAAUGAGAUGUUUUUGCCGGUCGGUGUUCCCAUUUUGCAGUGCGACCAGAAUUCACAGACACCUUGGCAAUUAAGGACGGACGUCAUCCAAUUCUGGACAAAAUUCUUCCAGAACCACCAGUGGCAAACAACACGGUUUGUUUAUACUACUCUUAGUCUUAAAGUAGAGCGAUUAUGGUUUGCCUUGAAAAUAGUUUUCGUAAGCCAUGAGUUGAUUUGAUUGGUAAUGAUGAGCACUUAAAGGCCAUAUUCUUUCAUUUCCUCCCACGGUUACAAUAGGUGGCUUGUUGCCUUCGAAGGAGAUCUAAAUUUAUAUAAACGGGAUAAAAAAUAAUCAUAGUCAAAGAAACCGACCUUCCCUAACAACCUUACUGACUUUCACCUGUUUUCGUAACUUUCAGUACGCUACUGAUGGAUCAAAUUUCUUGCUGAUAACAGGCCCUAAUAUGGUAAGCGUUAAACCUCCUUGAGUUUGAGGAACUUACAAAUGAAACUGUAGAAAACGUGUUAAAUUUACUUAAAAACAGUCCCCUUAACGUGAAGGAGGGGGCAAUAAUCCCUUGGGCAUUAAAGGAAAAACUGUAGUAGUUUUACUCAAGUACUUUAUUUCCAAAUGACUUUCUGAGAUGAGAAUUACCCUAAGUUCUGUUUGAUAUCAAUAUUCUAUAUAGUUAAGGAACUAUGUUUAUGACAUCUAUGGUGGACUUAAAUGGAUAAAUUCACAUUUUUCCACUUUUUGCGGGAAAAUACUGAACUAACUAAUGGUAAAUACAAAAGCCUAAGUACCAUCAGUCUGCUAAAAUGGAACUCUUACCCUAAACUACUUAAAACACUGAAACUAAGACGUGAUGCAAACUAAAGAGGAAUGCUGUGACCAAAAACUUACCAAAAACUCGACUACUCUUGUGAUCCUUAUAUAAGGUUAGGGUGUUCACCUACGGAUCUAAUAUCACGUUGAAAAUUCAGUACCUCAAAUUUGGGACAAAAAAUUGACAUUGGAUUUGUAUUACAUUUUUCAUUGAAUUCGGCCCUGUUAUGCUCACACGAGUCUGUUAAAUGUGUAAACACUCUCUUUACUACAGAGUGGCAAAUCAACGUACUUGAAACAGAUCGCCUUACUUCAGAUAAUGGCACAGAUUGGAUGCUACGUACCGGCCGAGUAUGCCUCUUUUAGAGCUGCUGAUCAGAUAUUCUCCAGGAUAGGAAGCGAUGAUGACAUUGAAACUAAUUCAUCUACUUUUAUGCUCGAAGUGAGUUUUUUUUGUGUGUGAAAUUGUCAGAGGUUUUUUUUUAAUUUUUCGUCUGGCAGAAGGUAACCGACUCAAAUGCUCUUUUUUCUGUUUUAUCUCCCUUUUUUAAUAACUAAUUAAAAUAAGGCGCUGUGUAUUUGUUUCAUUUUAGAUGAAGGAAGCCAACUACAUUAUCCAGGUGCGCACCAAACAGUUUUACUGCGGUUUCGCUGAGUUAUUCUGUGACAUUUUGUAGAAUCCUUUUGAAUUAAAGUAAGAGCUUUAAAGUAAGGCUUCUUUUUCAUAGAAUACAAGUGACAAAUCCCUUAUUAUCAUUGACGAACUAGGACGGGGUAUGUAUAUUACACAACGCUGUUUUCUCCUUGUUUCUUUUUUUUAUUUAUUGUUUUCUUCAACACUCAAGUAUCCCACCGAAACACGAGCAACUGUAUAUCUGUGUAUAAUUUCAAGAGUGAUUGACACUGUGGUGUACAAGGCAAGACUUACCAGGGGCAGAUCCAGAAAAUUCAUUGGAGUGUCGGAGGGUGCGUGGGACACUUGCCAGCCAUAAAGAUACUAUUUAUUUCAACGAGAAUUCCGUUUAAAAAUUAUGAAGAAUUUCACAGAAAAAGAAAGGGGACGGGGUCCCCUCGUCCCAACCCUAAAUUCACCCAUGCUCAGUAUUGACCUUCCUUCUUUCAGGAACAAGCAGUGAGGAAGGGGUUGGAAUCUGUUUUUCCAUAUGUGAGAAUCUGUUAAAAAAGAAGGUAACUGUUAAACGUUUGUGCCUCCUUUUAAGACUUCUGCGAAAGACCAUUUUAUGAUUAAUUACUGUUGAUAGUGUUUUUAUCGUUAGUUUACGUAGCUACCCCCUUUUUGUAUACUGUCCUUCAAUACUGUGGAAAGGCGAGGAACUGACUGACAAAAAAGAACAACUUCAGUUGGUACCUCAUUUUCAGUUUCAACAGUCGAUUUAAUUAUUAGGAAACAAAAGGUCUUUGGAGCAAAUCUGGCAUUGGCAUGUAGAUAUCUGAAAAGCCUUUCUCUUCUUUUGCCUGUUUUUUUCCGCAGGCAUUUACUUUCUUCGCAACUCACUUCCUCGAGUUAACUACAAUGGACAGCAUCUACCCAAACGUGGAAAAGUAAGCUAAAUCAUUCAUGAUCAUGUUUUUUUUUAGUAAAAUGAAUAAAAUAAUCAUUUCAUUUAGUGUUACAAUUUUACGUAAUAUACAUAUGUGUAACAAAAAGAUCUUUUUUUAUUUUGCAGUUUACAUUUUAAGAUUCAGGUAAUUCUUUUUUUUUUUUGGUUGUAACACACUUAAAUUCAGUUUAUGGUCAGCCCAUCAAAUUUUGCAUAUGCUAUUUGCAACCACGAAAACGAAACUACAACCGCGCCCGUUGUACCACCUAAAAGCCUUUUAUAUUGUUUCCUUUAGCGGUUUUUGCUGGUUUGGUAUUCAAUCCGCCCAGAUGCGGCUUUUUGAAAAAGCUUUCACAACUGAAAUGCUAUCACAAGCCUUAAACUUCUUAGGAAAAAAAUAUACUACAACCUCUACGAACUUAGAGGCCUGCGUGUACCAACAGCGUUUUCACGAUUUGCUUUAUAGACCGUGGGUGUAUCCUACAGUAAACCUAUUGAACAUGGCCUAUCCGACAUGAAAGCUAUAUUUAAACAAAUGUUAAAAGCACGAAUUUAUUUUAUCAUGUAGAAAAACUUCAGCGAGGAAGCCGCCUGUGAGAAGAUUACUUAUACUCAUGUUUUAUCAAAGGGAAGAACAGAAGAGAAACAUUAUGGCAAGUCUUUUCCCUUUUCUCCUAAAUCAUUUACUUUUUAUUUGAUGUCGGUACCACCAGAGCUUGCUGGUGGUUUUAAGGUUAAGGAUUAAGUAUCAGGGAUUUCAAUGUAACGUACAUUACUAGAAGAAAGCUUAAAGACGGAAGUCAUACGGCGAAAAAUGACAAUGAAAGAACAUUCGGAUAUGGGCGAAUAACUAAGUUUCUCAAGUGCGCAGAACACAGCUAUCAGCUUUGCGGCGGUCCCUGUGUUGGCAAGCAUGAAGAAGUAUCGUCGAAAAAGCAACUGGGUUUUUUGCCCAAUGUAAGGGAAUCCGUAUUUCGCAGUCCAGGAAAUUUUUGCUUGUGGAAUCCGGAAUCCGGGAAGUUUUUGCUUGUGGCCAAUCUGGGAUCCUGGGUUUUGGAAUCCGGAAUACAGCUCAAGGAAUAUGGAUCGCACUUCAGAUUGUUUUCCGGAAUCCAAGGUGUUAUUACAUAUAACUAUUUACAACUAUAGCCCUUUAAAAGUGUAAAAAAGAAUGCGAUAUGGCCUAAAAUAUUCUGGUUUAAAGUUUUUGUCCACUUAAAAAUAAAAUUACUCAAUUUCGUUAUGCAUUUUGUCUGAAAAAGCUGUGAAGAUAGAUGGCCCGUACAGGUUAGCUAGACCUUUAAUCUCCUAUGCCGUGCUAACAGAGAAACGUCACUUAACUCCCAAGGUCUCUCUUGCUCUCGAACACCUAGAACAGACAACAAUGGCUGGCGAAACGUUUCAUUCUCCCCUAGCUUAAUUGAAGCAUAUGUCGCGUUCACCCUUGUUCUAACUUCUACGUCUCAUAAGCGACCAGACUAGACCAGGGAAAAGGAACAGCCCUGGUUUUGUAAAGUGGUUUUCACUUACUUGCUUUGGAAGGUUUAAUUUGUUUUCUUUCCUUUUAUCUCUUAAAAGGUCUGCAACUCGCUGAAAUCUCAACGCUUCCAUUGUCUAUAGUGAACGAAGCUCGGGAAAUUUCAACAGAAUUGAUUAGGCAGAAAGAGGUAUGCGAAGCCUGCGAUUUUCACUGCACAAGUGAUGAUGGUUGGCCACUUUAAAUCUAAAAAUGAUGAGGCCCAAAUUGCCAAAGUUGGCCUAAAUAAUUUCGCAUUCCGUAGGAACUGAAGAUGUAGGAAAUAUAGUGAAAACGCGAAAUACCCAUCGACGUAAACGUAAGCACUGAGUUGGAGAAAAGGGGUUAUAUUUUUUUUACAACAUAUUUAUUCUUCUAAUCGACCGUAUGCUGAUGUUUGAGAACGGGCUCGAAUGUAUUCGACCCACCCGAGACAUUGUGACUAGGAAAAUAAUUCAGUUUCACAUUGAAAAAUACUGUUCAUGUUGAUAACAUAAGGAGAUUUGAAUUACGUCCAGAUUUUGUACCUCGUGACCAAGUUUUAUAUAUAUCACCUACUUUAGUAAUUUUACGCCAGUUUCACCCAUAACUAUUAUUUUUGCGCAGUGUUCUUCUUGUCAUUUCCUGUUUGGAGAAAUUUUCAACUUGGGUCUGACGUUUGUCGUUUGCCGUAACGUGAUAAAUUUCUGCAAUUGAUCUGACUUGCCCUUUUGGUCUUUCUUUUUUUAGAGAAGUCAACUUUUGUCAACGGAGAGUCGCCAACAAAGAGCCGUUUUCCGACUGGCAACAAAGCUCAUUCAAGCAGCACGAAACUCGUGCCUUGAUAGUGCUGGACUACGCGCUUAUCUCGUGGGGCUAAAAAACCAGUUCGAGCGAGAAUCUAUCCCGGAAGCUGUUGAAGAAUAA